CAUCCAUCACCUUCUUCUUCUUCUUCUUCUUCUUUCUUCUUCUUCUUCCCAAUUACAGUACUGUUCUUUCUUCCUCAUUGCAAUGGCAAGUUCUAACAACUAUGAGAAGGCCUUUGGAUAUGAAUUAGCAGCAGCACAGACAGAAACAGGUUUUGCUCUACUUCAGCGCAACACAUCCCCACCUCAGUCUGGUGAGAGGAGAGGCAGGAGAAAACAGGCAGAGCCAGGGAGGUUCCUGGGGGUGAGGCGGCGGCCGUGGGGGCGGUAUGCAGCAGAGAUCAGAGACCCAACAACUAAAGAAAGGCACUGGCUUGGCACCUUUGACACUGCCCAAGAAGCUGCUCUGGCUUAUGACAGAGCUGCACUCUCCAUGAAAGGCACCCAAGCAAGAACAAACUUUGUUUACUCUGAUAUUAACACUUCCAAUUUCCAUUCUCUUAUUUCUCCUUUUGAUAUCCAAACCCUGCUGCCCAAAUCACAGCUUCUUGCUUCUUCUGCUGGCACUCUGCCUAAACAGAGUGGAACCAACCAGGGCAGUCCACCUCAACUUGACAUCUGCCAUGUCAACACCACUGUCCAAUCCAACAAUGACACAUCCGCUGAUCAAACCCCAUAUGCGUCAGUUGAUGAUCACGAUGAUCUUACCAGCUUCUUUCUCUCUAGUACAGAGAAUGAUGCAAAUUCAGGGUACUUGGCCUGCAUUGUUCCUGAUAACUGCUUGAGACCUCCUCCUGACUCCAUGACCAAAAACUCCAAUGAAAACCAACCACAUUCUGAAAAUCAUGCUCUUCCUUUCCAAAAUGAGGGUCAUCAGCCGAAAUACAACAAUGGGGAGUCUCCCAGCUUUAAUGAACUAAAUUUUCAGAGUUUUUGGGGUGAGCAGCAGUCAUGGGGUGGACUGAAUACUGAUGAACUUUCAGUCAUGUUCAACAACCCAGCUCCAUAUAUGAGGGAAGAAGAUAGGUGCAUGUUUUACCCAUUUCAUGAAAAUCAAAGCUACGAUGCUGCUUCAGUUCCUCCUACUUCUCUUCCUUUUGGUGAUGUAGUUGAUUUGGGCUAUUCACUUUUUUAAAAUGGGUUAUGGGUUAUAUAACUCGGGAUAGUACUCUCCUUUUUCAAAUCUCUCAUCGUGCAAGUCCAAAUCUUAGAGCUCCAACAUAGAAGGCUCUAUCUCUUACCCACUGCCACGGAGAAAUGCAUCUUUUGGUUUCCUUUAUCUUCUCUCUCUCUUUCUCUCUCACUCUUUCACUGUAUUUUGUGUUGGAAAGAAACAUGGAAAGAAUGUUCAGAAGAAUGAGUGUAAGGUGUUUGAGAAAAGUUAGUUUGAAGAAAAGUAAUGCUAGUAACAGAGAUUUGUGAUUGUGCAGUGAUGAGUCAUGAGUAAAGAAAUUAAUGUUUU